AUUACUCAACCGUAGGUCUCUCUCUCUCCCUUUCAUCUUCUUCUCUCUUCAAUCCGUCUCUACUGUAUUGAUUCCAUUCGUUCGAUUGAGGCGCAAUUUUUCAUAAUCGGAACCGAUAAAGUUCAUUGAUUCCAUUCGCUGGGCUUUCAGUGAUUCCGUGGUUGAAUUCUACGGCGGAUAUCUCAACUAGGGUUUGUUGCGCACUUCAAUUUGAUAACUAGGGUUAUGAAUCAGCAUGCAACUACACUACCGGUGGCUUAGUUGAUCAACUAUUAGGGAUUCAUCUCGGAUGGAGGGAGGUAGCGUCUCUAGACUUCUUCUGGUUGACAAUAUCCAAGAUUGAUAAUUGCGAGAGGGAGAUGCGAGUUCAGCCUAGUAUUCAUUGCAGAUGAUGGACCAGCCUAUGUAAUGUGCAAUGACCUCAUUCUAGCCUAGGUUUGUUGGACUUCUAACAGCAAUUUGGUCUCUCAGCUAUUUUCCUUGUGUUUUUUUCUCUAAGGAAUAUGCCGAUGGACUAUGAUGACAAUGAUUUUGAAGACCAAAAUCAUCACUUAACUGGUGAAGGAAGCUCCAAAUUUUCUCCUGUUUCAAAGCCAUAUGCUCUCCCUAAGUUUGAUUUCAGUGAAAGCCUUCACAGUCAAUUAAGGUUUGACAGUUUGGUGGAGGACGAGGUUUUUCUUCGCAUUCCGAGUCAAGAAGAUAACCAUUGGAUUGAGGAUUUCUCCCCGGGAGGUGGUGCAAUAGAGUUCGGUUCUAGCGCUGCUGAAUCUUGCUCCAUCGUGAGACAUACCAAUGUGUGGUCUGAGGCAACAUCGUCCGAAUCUGUUGAGAUGUUACUAAAAUCAGUUGGUCAGGAAGAAAUAGUCACAGUAGAGACUAUCAUUGAGGAAUCUGAGGCUUGUAAUGCGUUUGAUAACUUAACCGAGCAAAUGGACUGUUAUCUAAGUCAAGUUGGUGACGAGGAGGAUAAUGCAAAUACAAGAACUGCAUUGCCAUCAGACAAUGUUUUUGGCAAUUUAUCUGGAAUGAGCGACACAGACGGCAUUUCACAAGUUCAAGAAACUGAAAUCUCCUUACUUGAGAAUUCAGGUUGUCUUGACCAAAAUGCAGUUAACGAAAGACAUGGUACGGUUGUAGCUGAGGAUAAUGUGGCAGGUGAAACAAAAUGUGAUACUGCAAACAUCACUGAACUCUCUGCUAAAGGUUUACUUCACGAUGAAACAGGAAAACAUCCCAGUGAUGACAUGGAAAUAGACGAUGUACUAGUAAAUAGCAAGAUUUCUUCUCAGAAAGCGGUGUCAAGUGACGAGGAGAAAGCCCUGUUAAGUGAUGCGGUGGUAAACCACCAAGAAAGUUAUCUUCCUAAGGGUGAAUGCUACCCAUCAAGUGACAUUGGUGAUGAAGUAACUCAAUGCCUUCCAUCAGAUAAGGAGGAUGACAAAGAUGAUACGAUUAGAGAAGGUGCAGUUGGCAAAGAGAAGUGUGCUUCAGAUAAUAUUCCUCAUCCUCCUUCAGAGGGCGAUUCUGGAGAAGUUUGUAUAACUAAUUUUGCUGGUGAGGAACCAACCUGCAUACAAUUAGAUGGGAACCACGAGUUACAGAAAACUCCAGACUCUGGUGUAAAUGCAUGUUCCAAAGACUCCGAUCAAUCCUGCUAUAAGAGAAUUGAAGAGACUGAGAGUGCAGGGACCGAGACACCGCAUAAAGAGAACACAGACAAUCACUUGACUGCAUUUUCUUCUGAUGACCAAGAAACUCACAAUUAUGCUGAUGUCAGUAACUCAAUUGCUGGAACAUGUAUUGCUUCAGAGAUGGAGUCGACAAAGUAUUUCCUGAACUAUCCUGCUGAGGAAAAACACAUUUUGCAGGGAAAAGAUGAGCAACUAGAUAGUAAGGCAUCCUUGCUGUUGUCUGUAGAGAGUUCAACUUCCCCAAGAAAUUUGACAGAAUUGCUUGGUGAAAAGCAGGUACAUGGAAGUGGAGAAAGAGUGAUUAAUGUUUGUGGAAUCCAUGAGGAAUAUUUGAAUGCUAAAGAUUCUGUAUCUCCUACACAAGCUGAAAAUUUGCAAAUAGCCAAAGGAAGUAAUGCAUUUGGAGAGGAGGAUGACACUUCCCCCGUAGAGAGUUCAAUUGCCCCAAGAAAUAUUACAGAAUUGCUUGGUGAAAAGCAGGUACAUGGAAGUGGAGAAAGAGUGACUAAUGUUGGUGGAAUCCAUGAGGAAUGUUUGAAUGCUAAAGAUUCUGUAUCCCCUGACACUCAAGCUGAAAAUUUGCAAAUAGCCAAAGGAGGUAAUGCAUCUGGAGAGGAGAAGGAUGAUACUUCCCCUGUAGAGAGUUCAAUUGCCCCAACAAAUUUGACUGAAUUGCUUGGUGAAAAGCAGGUACAUGGAAGUGGAGAAGGUGUGAUUAAUGUUUGUGGGAUUCAUGAGGAAGGUUUGAAUGCUAAAGAUUCUGUUUCCCUUUGCAAACAAGCUGAAAAUUUGCAAAUAGCCAAAGGAAGUAAUUCAUCUGGAGUGGAGGAGGAUGAUACUUCUCCUAAUGAGAAGAAAAUUACCAGGUCUCCUGGUGAAUCUACUAAUGUGGAAGCUGACCACAUUGGAUCUUAUGGAGGUGAGGACAGGGCUGUGUCCGCACCUGAUGGAAAAACCUUGGAAUCAGAAUCUAAUAUUGCUAGUGGUGUGGAGCAUGUAACAUCUGAAGAGCAAGCAUCUUUGCUACAUGCAGUACCCUUGAAUAUAGAUGCAGCAGAGGAGACUGGUGCUGAAGCUUUGCAGGAAUCAAAUGGAUCUCCCUGCACAUCUCCAGUAGAGGUUGGCAGCAUAUAUCAUGUUCUGGAACUUGAUAAAACACAAUCUUAUGGUUCUUCUGGGGAACUGAAGCAGGAGACAGUUGUCCAGCAUUUGGCAAUUGAAAAGACAUAUAAUUCAGCUGUUGACAUUAAACAUCAGAAUGCAGACGACAUUGUUGAUCAAUCAUUGCCUGUUACUGACACUUCCAAUACUGCUAAUGUGAAUAAACAGCUGAUAGAUGCUAAAACUGGUAGUCAAAUUUCUUCUGACAAGCUUGAAGUGUGUCUACCGUGUGAUCCAGAAGUCAAGGAGGGGUCUGUUACUGAAGUACCUGUUUCCCCUGGAAAUAAUCAAGUGGCAUCAGCAGUCUGUGCAGGUGGAGACAGUUCUGGCAAACAUGAUUCUGGAAUGCUGACUGUUAUAAAUAAUCCUGACCUUUCCCAAACUGACCGUAGUGAGAAAGGUGAAGUUCAGGAGUCCAAUGAUAACAUUAGUUUACUUCCAGAUGCUGUUUUAGUCGCUUCAACAUUCCAAAAACAAAGUGAUAAUGGUGCUUCUAAAGUUGAUCCAAACAUUAUGGGAUUGACGAGUCCAUCAGAAUGUUCUUUAAAGGAAAUAAGUAACAAGAAAACACUGCCAUCUUCAGUGAAGAAGAGGGCUUCCAAAAAAUCCAUGGGUGCUGCUGCAUCUCCAUCAACACCUGUUAACCAAAUGGUUUCUAAGCUGGCAUCAGACGUGUCUUCUGGCACUUCUAUGGGACACGAUGUAGAGACUUUAUGCGGACCCAAAGACACAACAGAACGCAAAACAAGGCGUGGAUCUACUAAGGCCAGAGGGCAAGAUGGUGCAAGGAAAGGAAGUGUUGAGAAUGAAACUCCAUCUGCCAAACAAUCUGAAAGAGGAAGCAAGUCACUCACUGCUCAAUUGAGCAUCUCUGGGGGUAGUCCGCUGGUGCACUUUGAUAGAAUGAAAUCUUAUGUGCAGGUGGAACAUGGGGGUGCAUCAUGCCUUACUCCUGUUUCCACUUCCAAAUUACCUGAUUUGAACACAGCAGCACCUCCAUCUUCUUCUUUCCAGCAGCCUUUUACAGUUGGGCAGCAAGUGCAACUGAGGGCACAAAUUUUUGUUUAUGGAUCCUUAAUACAAGGUGUUGUCCCUGAUGAAGCAUAUAUGGUCUCAGCAUUUGCAUCUGAUGAUGGUGGAAGGCUUAUAUGGGAGCCUCUGUGGCGUGCUAGUCUUGAAAGACUCCAGGGUAAAAAAAUUCAAAUCAUAAAAUCUGAAACCCCUGUGCAAUCACAUUCAGUAGGUGCCAGACCUCUUGAACAACAGAUGAAACAGAGUAUACCUCAGGUAACUGUUCUUCCUUCACCUGUUGGUCGAACAGGUUGCAAGGACACCCUUUCAGUCGGCAAUUCCAGUAUUCCCUUGUCAUCCCCUCUGUGGAAUGUAUCUACACCUUUUGAAAGCUUACAUUCAAGUGGUAUCCCACGAAGUCCUUUUCCGGAUUAUCAUCAAACAACUACUCCCUUGCAUCCUUAUCAAUCUCCCUCUUCAAGGAGUUUUGGACCUAGCACAUCUUGGCUGUCACAGAGACUGUUUACUGCUCCCUUGGCUACACAACCAUCAUCUUCUACCCUCGAUGCAAAUGCUCGUUUGUCUGGUCGUCCCAUGACAGAGCCUGUGAAGUUAACCCCUGUUAAGGAGUCUUCCAUACCUGUUACUUCUGGUAUGAAGAUGGGAAGUUCCAGCAUCUCGCCAAGCAUUUCUGUGCCUGAGUUAAAGAAAGAUAUAGCAUCAUCCACACAGAGCUCCGGAGAAGUGAAGUCUAAAAAGAGAAAGAAAGCUCCUAUUUCCGAGGAUGUUGCUCAGACAUUCUUACCGGCUCAAACUAAUACAGGAGCUGUAUCCACAUCUCUAGUCAUUUCUACACCGAACUUUGUAUCAAGAGGCAUUGCUGAUAACACUGCUGCGCCUCUACUUCCCGCACCAAUCACUGAUCCUAAAAGUGGGUGGAAGAGACCACAUCAGACAAUCUCAAUGUCAGAAGACUCUUCUGCUAAAGUGGAGGACUGUAGACAAAACGCUGAAAAUGCUGCCGCUCUUGCUGCCACUGCUGUUAAUGAAAGCGUAAGUGCUUGGAAUCAGUUGGCCAAGCAGAAGAGUUCUAAUAUAAUUUCAGAAGCUGAGGCCAAGUUAGUUUCUGCUGUAGUUGCUAUUAAUGCAGCUGCUUCUGUUGCAAGGGCAGCUGCUGCAGCUGCUCAGGUUGCAUCAAAUGCUGCAUUGCAAGCAAAACUAAUGGCCGAUGAAGCAUUGUCCUCAAUAGAAACUAGGGACUCCGGCCAAGUUAGUGCAGCUUUUCUUUCUGAUGCUGUUAACAACCUCGGGGAAUUGGAUGCUGCUGCCAUUUUGAAUAGAGGUACUGAUGGAAGCUCUUCCAGUUUAUCAAUCAUAGUUGCUGCGAAGGAAGCUGCUCGGAGAAGAAUUGAAGCUGCUUCAUCGGCCUCGAGACAUGCUGAAAACUUGGACGUUAUAUUAAAAGCUGCAGAGCUGGCAGCAGAUGCAGUAUCACAAGCUGGAAAAAUCAUUAUGAUGGGUGAUCCUUUGCCUUUGAAUCAAUUGUUGGAGGCUGGUCCAAGUGGUUAUUGGAGAAUUCCCCAACAGCCUCAUGAGCAGGUCUCCUUGGUGAGUGAUAUAUACAGGGAGCCCUCUAGAGCAGUUACUCCCAAAGUUUUUCCUAGUACUUCUGGUGCCCAUUUAGUGGAUGGACAAAUUGCUAAUGAGAAACAAUCUUACCAUGCAUUGACACAUACUUCUGAAGAAAUACAUUUGGAAUCAAUGGAAAAUCAAGUGGUAACUGUGGAUGGAAAUUCAGCACUAAAUAUAAGUGUCAAGAAGGAAGGAACAGCUAAGCCUCAUAGGGAUUCUUAUAGUACUAAAGUUACUCUUCCUGAAUCGGGGAUCAGAUCAAUGUUGGCUUCUUGCACGACUAAAGACCGUAUUGGUAGGAUCGAGGAGGGAUACCUUGUAGAGGUUUGUAAAGAAAGUGUUAAUGGCAAAAUAGCCUGGUUCCUAGCUACUGUGGUGACUUUGAAGGAUGCAAAAGCAUUAGUACAUCACAUCGAACUCAAAUCAGAUGAAGAUUCAGGGCCUUUAAAGGAAUGGAUAGCACUUAGCAGUGAAGGUUGUAUGGCACCCAAAAUACGCAUUCCCCACCCAAUAACUGUUCCACCGCAUGAAGGAGAUAAGAAGAGAUGCAGAGAUGCCAUGGUGAAUUAUGUGUUCUCCAAUGGAGAUAGAGUUGAUGUAUGGGUACAUAAUUGUUGGCAAGAGGGAAUUGUCAUGGAGAAGAACCAAAAGGAGGGAACAUUUACGAUAAGUUUUCCAGCUGAGGAAAAAACAGUGGUUGUGAGAGAAACUUAUAUUCGUCCAACCUUUGUUUGGCGUGACAACAAGUGGUCCAGUACCAUGGGAAAUAAUGAGUUAUCCCAGGGUGAUACACCUCAGGCAAAGCGACCGAGAAUAGGUAACGCAGUGACUAUAACUAUAGAGGACGAUAAGAGAUCAGAGCCUGUUGAUAUUGUGGAGGAGCCACAGUUCCUACCAUUGUUGUCCAGUGAACAGGUUUUCAAUGUUGGUAAAAAUGUAGAGGACAAUAAUAAAGUCAACAAACUUAGAACAGCAAGGACAGGUCUGCAAAAGGAAGGAUCUAAGGUUAUAUUUGGUGUUCCUAAACCUGGAAAGAAAAGGAAGUUCAUGGAUGUCAGUAAACAUUACGUUGGACAGAAAGAUCCUAUGAUUGUCAAGGAAUCAUCAUCUAAUGAUUCAACUAAAAACCCGAAAAGAUAUAUGAGUUCUCUGAGCUCUCAGACUAUAGGAGGAACUCGUCCAUGGAAUAGUAACAUAAAGGUUGAUGAAAAGGAAAAGAAGGGAGCUGCUGAAUCCUCCAAGGUUAAAGCUUCAAAAUCUGGAAAGCCGCCAAGUAUUCCUAGUCGAACGUUACAAGCCAAGAAGAAGGAUAAUAAAGUCUUGACAACAACCGCGGAAGAAGAUAAUACUAAUACAGGCAGUGAUUCUAACGGAUCAGAAGGAGUACAUAACAACAGAUCAAGUGUCAGGUCUGAGAAUAAACGCAAAGCUGCCCCUCUUGGAGGGAAGAGGAUUGGGGGAAGAGUUGAAGUGAAUGAAAGUGACGAGGAGUAUGGAAAAUCAAAUCCUGAAGCGGCUGAGCCUCGUAGGUCCAAUCGUAGGAUUCAGCCAACAUCAAGACUGUUGGAAGGAUUGCAGAGCUCAUACGUGGUUUCAAAGUUUCCUUCUGUUUCUCAUGAUAAAAGUCACAGAAGCCAUCUUAGAGGAGGUGGUUCUACCUCUAAAGGGAAUGGACAUGGUUGAUUAUGUAUUUUUCCAGACGAUGAAUUCUGUUCGAGAAGCCAGCCCAGCCCAACCGCAUCCUCGAUAAACAUGAUCUAUGAUGUGCCUUGUGUAAUUUUGGUUUCGUUUUUCCAUUAUAUUAUAGUAUAGAAGAGUGUUAGAUCUGUGUUUCUAAAGAAGAUGUGUAGUGGUUGGUGGUGGUGGAUGUUAUGUUUUAACAUCAAAAUCUUAGUUAAAUUUGUUAAUUGUGAUAUCUGACAUUUUAUUAGGGUUUGGUGACUUUUGGAUUAGAAUUUGUGGCAAGAUAGAUUUAUACAUUUUAUGUCAUUCUGUUUACUUA